AUGACUAAGCCAGGAUGCCCCAAGUACAAUCUCAGAGACACGGAUCUUAUCGGGCUGGGACAGGGGAGCAAAGCUAAUGCCCCAGCGAAAUGGGUCCAGCCAAAGACAUCGCAAGGCCUAGCCAAGCCACCAAGCCCCAACGCGAACGAGUUGGGAAAUCACAGACACAUGGAAGUUGAAAAUGGUAAACUACCAUUGGCUUGA